GGGAGUGAUUAUUUUUUUUCUUAUUUUUUUUUCUCUUCUUCCUUUUUAAUUCAUCUAACUUUAAUAAAAAUAAGAAAAAAACUAAAAUGACAACUGUCACUUCAUCAACUACAUUUGAUUAUGAUGAUCAUCAUCCUUUAUCUCCUACUACACAACAAUAUUCAAAUUCACCUUUAUCAUGGGAUAUGACUAUUUACAAUGAAGAACCAAAUAAUAAUCAAAUCUCUGGUACUGGAAAACGAUCACCUAAAAGAGGUAAUGGUGAAUGAUCGUACAAAUCAGCAAUUGAUCUCAUGGAAUCCAAGUGGAACAUCUUUCCUAGUUUGUAAUGCAACCCGAUUUGCCCAAGAAGUACUUCCCAUCCAUUUCAAACACAGUAAUUUUUCAAGUUUUGUACGCCAAUUGAACAUGUAUGGAUUCCAUAAAAUCAACAAAUCACUUCGAGGACAACGUGGUAAUAAUGAAAAUGAAGUAUGGGAGUUCUCACAUGUGAAAUUUCAAUAUGGUCGACCUGAUCUUUUGGAAGGCAUCAAAAGAAAAGCCAUGGAUUCUGAAUUAUUACGAAGAGAAACAGGUGAUAUACAUGCUUCUUUUUCUAUGAUUCAAAUGUCACAAUCUGAUCUCUUACAACAAUUCAAUACACUUCAAGAUCAAUUUUCUAAUCUACUCACAAGCUUUGAAGAAUUGAAAAAGACUCAACUUCAACAACAAAUCAUCAUUCGAAGAUUGACAGAUGCAACAGUCAUUCAUCAGCAAUCAUCAUCAUCAUCAGAAAAAAUGAAAGUAAAUCAUUCUCCUCCUCCCAAUGUAUUGAUGUCUCAAUGGCAACAACAAAAUCAUAAUACAAAUGACAACGAUAAUGUACUAUCUAUGUGUACACCUGAAAGCAUGACACUUCCUCUAUCUGAUCUACAAUGUUUACCACCUAGUCCUGCUCUAUCGGAUCCAUUGUCUCAUUCUCAACAUCCAUCCUUUCAUACUGCUGAUGAUACUUUCCACAGAGAUCAUUUACAUCAAUCAAAUACCCUGGAAUUGUCCUUUGCCACUUGAUGAUAUUAUAUAUUAUUUUUAUUUUUCAUUUCUAUUUUUUUCAUUUGUAUCAUAAUAAUAAUAAUAAUAAAAAAAAAACUUUUUUUCUUCACUUUUCUUUUUGAAAGGUUAAUAAAUUUUUUUUUCUGAC